UCCGCGGGUGCCGCCGGCGGCAGCAGCAGCAGCAGCAGCAGCAGUAAUAUGCUCACUCGGGUGAAGUCAGCCGUGGCCAAUUUCAUGGGAGGCAUCAUGGCUGGCGGCUCGGGCUCGGAGCACGGCGGCAGCAGCGGCGGCGGCUUGGAUUUGCCCCUCCGCUUCCCUUACGGCAGACCCGAGUUCCUGGGGCUGUCUCAGGACGAGGUCGAGUGCUCCGCCGACCACAUCGCCCGGCCCAUCCUCAUCCUCAACAAGGAGACCAAGCGCCUGCCUUGGACCACGGGAUACGCCGAGGUGAUCAAUGCAGGGAAAAGUACACACAAUGAAGACCAGGCCAGCUGUGAAGUGCUCACUGUAAAGAAGAAAGCAGGUGGAACUAAUUCUACACCAAACAAAAACUCCUCUACCAAACGGAGGUCUUCCUUGCCAAAUGGGGAAGGAUUGCAGCUGAAGGAGAAUUCAGAAUCCGAUGGCAUCUCUUUCCAUUACUGGUCAUUAUUUGAUGGGCAUGCUGGCUCUGGAGCAGCUGUGGUGGCAUCCCGCCUGCUUCAGCAUCAUAUCGCGGAGCAGCUGCAGGAGAUUGUGGACAUCCUGAAAAACUCUGCUCUCCCUCCCCCAACCUGCCUGGGGGAAGAGCCCGAAAGCACGAAUGCCAACAGCAGAACUCUAACCAGGGCCGCCUCAUUACGCGGGAGCUCCGGCGCACCAGGCUCACCCAGCACCCCACCAACACGCUUCUUUACGGAGAAGAAGAUCUCCCACGAGUGCCUUGUUAUCGGGGCUAUUGAGUUAGCAUUCAGGGAAAUGGAUUUGCAGAUAGAGCGAGAAAGGACUGUGUACAAUAUUUCUGGGGGUUGUACAUCCCUUAUUGUGGUGUAUCUGCUAGGAAAGCUCUAUGUGGCAAAUGCUGGAGACAGCAGGGCCAUUAUAAUCAGAAAUGGAGAAGUCAUUCCGAUGUCGUCAGAAUUCACUCCCGAAACAGAGCGUCAGCGUCUCCAGUAUCUGGCAUAUAUGCAGCCCCACUUGCUGGGAAAUGAAUUUACACACUUGGAGUUUCCAAGGAGGGUUCAGCGUAAGGAAGUUGGAAAAAGAAUGCUUUACAGAGACUUCAACAUGACUGGCUGGGCAUACAAAACCAUUGAAGAAGAUGACUUGAAGUUUCCCCUUAUAUAUGGAGAAGGCAAGAAGGCUCGAGUCAUGGCAACUAUUGGGGUUACAAGAGGACUUGGAGAUCAUGACCUGAAGGUGCAUGACUCAAACAUCUACAUCAAGCCUUUUUUGUCCUCAUCACCAGAGGUGAGAGUGUAUGAUCUUCUCCAGUAUGAACAUGGACCAGAUGAUGUGCUUAUCUUAGCUACAGAUGGACUCUGGGAUGUUCUAGUAAAUGAAGAAGUGGCAGAAGCAGUCACUAACUUCUUGCCAAACUGUGACCCUGAUGAUCCCCACAGGUACACAUUAGCAGCUCAGGAUUUGGUAAUGCGAGCCAGAGGAGUGCUGAAGGACAGAGGCUGGAGGAUAUCCAAUGACAGGCUGGGCUCGGGAGAUGACAUUUCUGUCUACGUCAUUCCUUUAAUACAUGGAAACAAACUGUUGUAAAACAGACACCAAACUGGUAACAGGGAAGGUGUGCUUUUUAGUAAAGAUCUUUGGAAAUGAUAGGCUAUCAGGAAAUGAAAACAGUGCUUCUAACCAAUAUAUUCUAUUCUAACCUUGAUUGGACUGGGUUAUUUCUACCUGAAAUAUAGGGGCUGAAUUGUACAUGAUUUAACGAUACUGCUUAGGAGUUACAGCUUCCCUAUGUUUACAGUUUUGGUGCAUAUCAGGACCAGAACUUUAAUGCUGCUAGUGUAUUAGUGAUUUCUUUUUACUAUCCCUCCUGGUGAGGACCCUAUUGUAAUCAGAUAGAAGAAUUUAUCUUUCCAGUUUAAUGUAGCCUGAAAUGCCACUUGAGAUGUGACUUGGGAAAACCAUAGUUGAAACUGGUAAGGAAGCCAUUACUCCCUUCCCUCAGACUUACCAGUAUCAGCUGACUUUACUAUAGAACAAGUUUAAUUUAUAAGGUAUUAAGGUAUUAAACCUGAUAUGACAUUUAGUUGGUUGUUCUAAAACUGUUGAUGCUUCUCAGUGGAAAACUUCUAGAUUGUUUUAUUUAUGUACAUGAAUUCAAGCUUUUUGCUGUUUUACACCACCAUAAAAAUCUUGGAACUUCACAGGUCCUUUUCUCUGCUUUGGCACUGAAGCCAACUUUUUCUCUGGACUUUGUCCAGCACCUGCCUGAAAGAACAGGGGAACAUUGGAUGGGAAAUGUGUUCUUGUGCUAUAGUUUAUCAAAAUUUGUGUGUAUAUAACUAUGAUGUAGCAGACUGGGAGAAUUCUUUAGAAAGAUUUCCCUGAAAGUCAGAGUUUCUUUGGCACUAGAUAUUUUCUUUCAUUGAAUACUUCUGUUUCUUCUACAUGUAUCCUUGUUAUGCAUACUGUUUAAUUCAUUGUACUUGGUAAUUUUUUUUUUUGUCGUUUGAGUUCAUUUAAUUAACUGAUGCUUCUGUUUCAGAGCUCUCCUUCAGAACAGUAGUGUUUUAUCUUUUCCUUCUAAUCCUUCACUGAUUCCCCUUUCAGAUUAUUCUUUUUACCGCUUCCUGUUUCUUGGCAGGUAGCAGUAUGCCGAGAUGGUAGAAAAAGGGCCAAUGCAGAAAGACAAGAUCCACUAGCUUCUUUCCUGUUCUCUAUCACUCUGUACAUUAAUAGGUUCAGAGUACAUUACAAGAAGCAUUCCACCAAGACAUGUACUCAUGCAAGAUAACUUACAUUUAUAAAUAUAUAGAAGUCACUUCUUCUAGGAUGGGAUUUCUGAGAGUCUUUUUUUCCUUCCCAAAAGAUAACUGUUUGAUUGGUUAUAGGUGAUUAUAAGUUUGGCUUCACAGGUAUUAUUGUCUUAGCAAAGAACUACAACACAUACACAACUUUGCUUGUAGUAAUUUGGCUGAGUAGGCUGAUAGAAAUAGUGGAUUGCCGCUUUUGAAUUAUCUCAAAAGUGUUAAGUUAUUCCUAAAGAAAAGCUACAGUAUAACAAGAAUGGUACAUGCUUUCAUUAUCUUCUAGUACAUGCUUUCAUAAUCUUCUCUAUCUUGCUUGAAACAGCCUGAAUAUAUACAAUAUAUUGUAUAUUUCCAAUGGAGCAGGCCUUCCAUUUUCACUACUACACUAAUUUUUUCAUACCACCUUUGCAUUAAGUUCAAUGGUCUCUUUUAACAUGUUACUCUUUCAACUUGUUUCAUUCUGCAAUUGAAGAUAAUUAUUAGCCUUUGACAUUCAGUAUAUUUGUGCAAUAAUGUUUUUUUCUGACAACAGAACAUAUGAGAUUAAAAUUUCUUUAAAUCGUUUCAUAGUUCACUUUUUGGUCAAUCAGCAAUACUUUUUAAAUUUACUUUCAGUACACUACCUUGCUUGCUCAUUAUGAUAUAUUCAGAUCAUCACAUCACUUUCCUUAAAGAAAUCUGGGAUGUGGAUAUAGUAUAGCAUAGAACGGAUUUCCACAUAUACAUGUGAGCGUUUUUCGUUUAGGUAAUAUGUUAACCUGCAUUAUCAUUAGCAUUCAAACUCAUUUUGUGCAUCUUUAUUGCAUGUUUUUUCUUUUGUAGAAUAAUAAUGUAGAAUAUUAGUUCAAAAUGUAGUAUGAACCCUGAAACACAUUCAGUGCUGUUUCUUCAUUCUGUUUGGUGAUCAUAGGAAGUGCACUUUUCCACAGGAUAUUUUCCUACGUCCUGUGCUGUAAGUGUAACACAUACACAAAACACACACCCCUUUGAUAAUAAACCAUCCCCCAGUGUCACUCAGACAGAGGAUUUUUGUCAAUGCAAAAACACUAUUGAUUGAAUUUUCAUUUUGCUCUACCGCAAACAUAUACUAUAUGUGAAAGCAGUCUUGACUGUAGUCCAGCAGUACAGCUGCAUUUCAAAAUGGAUCACAAGGACCAAUAUGAGAAAUUGGAUACAUUCAGCAUAUAUUACUUAGACUGCUACUUUGAUCAGAAGGAUUAGAAAGACAGCACUGAUACAUUUAAAUAGAUCCCUUUCCAGUAUUCUGUAUGAUUCCACAUUACUUCAUCCACAGUGAGUGGUAUAAUUGCAAAUACUUCAUAAUUUGCAUGAUAUGCAGUGGAAGAUACAUCUUUCCACUAGCAGUCUCUUCAGAAGUAGUAGUAGUAGAAAUUACUGUUGUGUUUUAUAAGGCUUAAAUCAAAGUAGCAAACACAAAAUAGAUAAACCCACCGUUGCUGAUGUUCAAAUAUAUUCUUAGGAUAAAGCCUGUUUUAUAAAGCAAUAUAUAUAGAGUUUCCUGUUUUACGCCACCUAAUUAUGAUUCAAAAAUCAUCCUAGCAUCCCUUUUAAAUGGCUUUGCCUAAGUAAUAUUAUAUUGACUACAGAGUAUUUCUAGAGAGACCAAAGCCCGACUCAGGAUUGAUAAAUAAAGAGAUUUGAACUCCUUUGAAUGAACUCAGAAAUAUAUUCUGAUUUAUUCUGAAGUUUUUCUUUUUUUAAUCUCCAGAAGGUGCAGUUAAGUCAAAGUUUUAAUUGCUUAGAAGUCUUUUGGACUCACUAUUUCUCUGUAUAAAACAUUUUUGAUCUUGUUUGAAAGAAUGAUGCUUUUCAAACAGCCAUGCACUUUCUAAAUGAGCAGAUUUUAUAAGAUCUUAUGGCCAGGAUCAAGACAGGCAUGAGUAGCAGCUCCACUUCUUCUUAAAAGCUUCCUCCCAAAGUUGGGGGGGGGGGGCCCUAGAGAGAAACACCCUGUAAACCAUUAAAGGGCUGUCCAAAACUUUUGCACCAUCUCCUGUAGCAUUGAGUGGUUUAGAUCUCUUGUCAUAUGCAGUGACAUGAAACGUAUUAAGCUGUGACAUGAAACAUUUACUAUGUCCACCAGAGAGCUAUGCAAACUGUUUUCCAAUUGAAGGGGUGUUUUUGUUUUUGGGAAGGCAAGUUCUGCUAGGAUAGCUUAACUAAGCUUAUGCUUCCAUGACAAAUAUAUAUAAUUGAUUUUCUUACAUGUACUGAAAUCAUUUUGAUUAAUUAUAGGUCAGAAUUUAGUAUUAUCAAAAAAGAAUCAUGGUUAAAAAUACCAAGGUGCAUACACAGUGUGUACCUUCAUGGUGAAAGAUUAUUAUAUAUUAAGGUUUCUUCAGUGUAGAUGAGAAAUUGUCUUUGGGCCACAAUAUAUUUCAACAGUGUUAGUAACAGAUCAUUGAUAGAACCUUUCCCAAAGACAAUCAGGAAAGACUUGCAUAUUGGUCAUCUCACAUAAGACAGAAUUGGAAAAGGCUUUAGGCAAAUAUAAAUUAAGAUAAUAUGGACAGGAAAUUAAUUAAUCUUAUGGAGCAGUUGAGAUAAGUUGACAGUGUGAUCAGUGUUCACUCUGAAAUUUUAAAAUCUAUCAAGUUUGACCAAAUAAACUAAGUAAAACUAUAGAAAUUGCACAGGGGAGACUUUGGUAGAUCACUUGGCUCAUCUACUGUAUUUCCUCUGUCCCUUAAUUUCAAAAAUUCUGGAACAAGCUUGUAAUAAGCAUUCAUCUUUUUAUCAUGGCUACAAUUCCAGGCAAAGUACAUGGAAAAUUUAGAUUUACAGAUAUGGUGUAAAAUUUGUUUUGCCAAGAUAAUUAAUAGAAUUUGACUGAUAUUUGCAAUUUCUUCCUAAACAUAGCUAUUAUAUCAUUAUUUUUAUCAAACAAUCUAAGAGCUUCAUUUAAUUAUUCCCAUAAUGCCCAUGAGAACAGAUGCAUGUUAAAAUUUAAAACCAGGAACACAAGACAAUUACAAGUGAUCAUAGCCAAUAAGAAAUUUCAAAACAUUACAAGUCUUGUCAAAAUGUGAUGGGAACACUGCCUCUCUCUACAUAUUUUGAUGUAAAAUACUCUUUCUAGGUUUCUUCUCUGGGCUUUGAUACUUGUCUUUCAUGAUAAUACACUACAUUCCUACCAACUCCAUCUCAUAUCUCUUGCCCUUUCCAUAUGCUGUCUUGUGGUUUGCAUUGUAUUGUUGUGAGCUAUUAAAAAUUGCACUCUCUUUCAUUCUCCUCAAUUUGCAUUUCUGUUGUAUGAAGAUGUGGAUACGAUGUAGACAGUGGCCAAAUACCUCUUCAUUCUGCCAAAUUCUACCUACAUUAUACUUGAAGGAGGCUUUUUCCUGUCAACCUCCACUUUAUUUUGAUGUUCCAUUGUAUUUCAGUUUAAUUCAGCAGCUGCCAUUUUCUUCACUUCUUUGUUGGCACAGUGACUGUACUUAAGGAAUGUAUUUUCUGAGCUCAGCAUUCCAAACAAUGAAAAGUGUCUGUUGGAUAAAAAUGGUUUGGAUCAAUGUAUUUAAGCGUUGUGACUGUGAAAUGUCAAACUUUUUGUAAUCUGAGAACAAAAAAAUGUUUAGUAAAGGGAUAUAUUUUAUGUGUUUUGAAACUUUUCAGUGCAAUGUAAUAAAGAAGGAAGCUGGAAUAUGUAUGCACAACUAAGUUUUAAAAUGAAAUUGUAAAAAAUAAAUAUAAAAACUUAUUUUGGCUCUUUA